GAUAACGCGACCCACGAAGCCUAAGACGAAUACCGCCCCCCCCCACGUUCUCCGGCGAAGUUUCACCCGAUCGAGUCGCGAUUGCACUUUGGGUCGCAGCGAACAGUUUCUUCCCGUCAGACUUCAGCAUACCAAGAUGACCGGUCGCGGAGGCGGUGGUGGUCGUAGGGUGCUCCUACCCCCCAUCAACUUCAUCUUCAAGCUCCUGCAGCAGCAAGCCACGGUGCAGGUCUGGCUGUAUGAGCAGCUUUCAAUCCGGAUUGAGGGCAAGAUUAGGGGCUUUGACGAGUUCAUGAAUCUCGUCAUCGAUAACGCUGUCGAGGUCAAGCAGAUUACGAAGACAAACAAGGAGGAGACUAGGCGCUCACUGGGACAAAUUCUCCUGAAGGGCGACAAUGUGUCGUUGAUCCAAAGCUUGUAGCGGCACACCCAACCUGAAGAUUGAGCUAUUGGCGGUUACCACGCGAAACGACCAGAUUACGGGAUGCCAACGGCGGCGCUUUAGGGGAAAAAAUGAUACCAUGUUUAAGAUUCAUCAUCGUCGGUGGAGUGUUGAUGUGUCUGGGCUGUCAGAUGAGGUCUUGAUCUCGCCAUUGCCGAGAACCAGUCCAUGGAGAUUCUUGUCGUACUGCCCAACAGGGACCGGGCCGCCGGACUCAGGAGAGACAAACUGCUCAGAGAGGGCCAGGCCGUAGAGCUGAACAGCAUGAGGCUGCCCGCUGCUGAGAAGUGCCGUUUUGGCCCAGUAACGCUGUAAGAAGAAGUCAUAGAAGCCACGUCCAUGACCUAGUCUUCUUAUCUGACUAGUCCCGGGGUCAAGGUCAAAGGCCACACCAGGCAUCAGAAUCAUGUCCAAUGUAGUUGACUCCGAAUGGUGUGCAUCUGGUCCUCCUAUAAUCCUUUGUCUGUCUUUGAUAGUGGUUGGGUCGAUGCUGGGAAUGCCCCAUUUGUCAGGCUGCAUCGAUUCGUAGUCUUGGAGAUCACGAAGUCGCACCAUAUCCAUAACCCUCGACGGAGCACCAUUUUCGCCAAGCGGUGAUUUGUGAAGAUAUGGUAUGAAUACUUGUUUCCCGGACGAGAGAGCAUGGCGCACGAUGGCAUCAGUCUGUACCUCGCCAGAGGGCAUAGACAGGAAAAUGCUGACGCGUUCAGCAUUGAGAUAAGGGCUGAAUGUCUUGAGAGAUUCGAAAACACUGCGAC